CCGCACUUGCUGUCGAGCCGCCGGCCAGGUCAGAAGUGCCCCGCCCCGCCCCGCCCGCCCCCACGGUCCAUGUUCCGCCCGUGGUGGUGUGCCGCGGCGCCCCAACCCUGACCCAUACGGAGGGGGGGGAGGAGGAGGAGGAGGAGGUGGUGGCUUCCUGACGGCGACGCUGCAGAAGGAGGUACUCACCACCGCCGCCACCACCACCACCGCCACCACUUGCGAUACGAGCACGCCCAUUGGUGAAGGUCGCGGGAGAUAAGAGCCGCCCCUUUCCCUCGCGCGGGAGAUCACAAGCAGCGGAGGUAAUCGAGAGCUUGCGUCAGGUCCUCCCGCCGGAGCCGCGCGAGGAGCCGCCGGGUCAUGCCUUUGGUUACGUUCCUGGCGGCGAGAGGCAGUGAAGCAGUGGUGGUCCUCUCCCGGGUGUUAUUGUUGUUGUUGUUGCACUUGUUGUUGUUGUUGCAUUGCGUGGUCGUCGCCGGCGGGGUGGUGGAGGAGGAGGAGGAGGAGGUAGAGAAGGGAGAAGAAAAAUCAGGUGAAGGUGGCGGUGAAGGAGAAGUGAGCGACAAGGUGAUGAGGCGCCCUUCUUGUCUCCUGACUGUCACAUGACCGACGAAGGAGAGAAAGAGAGAGCGAAGGAGAAGAGACAGAGAGAAAGAGUUAGAGGGAAAGAGAGCGAGAGAGAGAGGAAGAGAGGAUUGCUGUCUGGUCCACGUUCCUGAGUGGACACCUUCACCUGCGCCGUUGAGAAGGUGAUGUAAGAUGCUGAGGGGCACCGCCAGGGGGUCGGCCGGUGCGGGGAGCCUGCUCUUCAUGGUAGCACUAGCCUUCACCCUGUCCACGCUCUGUCUCGCCACCGUCACUGCGAGAGAGUUUUUCAUGGAAUCAACAGACACGGAGAUCCUGGACUUCCUUCUGCACAAGAGCCGCUACGACAAGAGGAUACGACCCCCAGACAAGGACGGCCCGGUGAGAGUCAACGUGAGUGUCUUGCUGCUCAGCCUCUCCUCCCCCGAUGAGUCCAGCUUGAAUUACGAGGUGGAGUUUCUUCUGAACCAGCAGUGGCAGGACCCGCGGUUGAAACACGAUGAUAAUGGUCGCUAUGAUUACCUCAGUGGAAUGCACCACCUAGACGAUAUUUGGCUGCCUGACACCUAUUUCAUAAUGCGAGGAGAGUUUAAGCACAACCUCUCUCACACCAUCGCCCUCAAGAUAUACAGGGGCGGCAGAGUCUCCUACUCCGUCAGAAGGUACCUGAUCUUGUCCUGUGAGGGAGAUUUGAACCAGUUUCCCUUCGACGAUCCGUUCUGUACCUUCUCCAUGGAAAGCAUCUCUUACGAGCAGAAGGACCUCACUUACCUCUGGUUAAACAACACUGCCUCGGACAAUGGCAAAUCUCUGGCCAAGAGUAACCAGCUUCGGUCUCUCAACGCCUACAUGAUUAUGAACAGAACUGAGAUCUGCGAGGAUUCGUUCUUCUGGAGAGGGAACUACAGCUGUUUAAGAGUAUAUCUGCAAUUCAGCCGGGACGAUGCCUUUUACUUCAGCACCGUGUUCUUCCCUGGCAUCGUCCUCGUCACCAGCUCCUUCAUCACCUUCUGGCUGGAGUGGAACGCUGUGCCGGCGCGGGUCAUGAUUGGAGUGACCACCAUGCUGAACUUUUUCACCACCUCGAACAGUUUCCGCGGCUCCCUCCCUGUAGUGUCGAAUCUCCACGCCAUGAACGUGUGGGACAGUGUGUGCAUGUUCUUCAUCUACGUGUCGCUACUGGAGUUCGUGGUCGUGAACUACGUGGGAAGGAAGAGACCCAAACAUAACAUGGCGUACAUGCCGGGAGAAAACGCGGUGAUCCAGGUAUUGAAUGAAGGGCGCCACCGUAUCCCGCAAGCAAUCCACCGUAUCGGGCUGAGUUUGGUAAGCGGCUGGAGGGAUUAUCUUACGGACCGGAAGCGACCAGGGGGGCCCGGGGGAUCUGACGUGAAUGCGUGCACGGGCCUGGGAGAGAUGGCGCCCCUGCCCGCCAGACCCACGGAGCAGCGCAAUUCCCACGAGAUGAUGGCCUGCGCGAACUGCGGAAACUCCCAGUGCUCUCAUACCAACGCGGCCAACAGCUGUCCUAAUGGAGAGGAAGUAACUGGAACCGAACCGGCGGAGGUGAGCCAGGUAGAGUACACAUUCAAGCCCCACAAAAAGGUGCCCAGACAUCCGAUCAGAGUGGCGAAGUCCAUUGACGUCAUCUCCCGAAUCGUCUUUCCUCUUGGUUACUUCAUCUUCCUCUUCUACUUCUUCGCUACCUACAGGGGGUUUAAUUGACAUUUUCCUUCCUUCUCCUCCUCCUACUCCUCUUCCUCCUAUUCCUCUUCCUGAUUCCCUCCUGAGUGUGUGGUUCCCUCCUGUCAUUCCCCUUCCCACCACACACCUGGUUUUGUCUGUCCAUCUGUCUGUCUUGCCCUUCGUAGUCAUCCAAAUGUUUCACUGCAGUCUGUACAUUACCAGGUUAUUGUUAUUAUUAUUAUUAUUAUUAUUAUUAUUAUUAUUAUUAUUAUUAUUAUUAUCAUUAUUAUUAUUAUUAUCCUCAUCAUUAUUAUUACAGUUGUUUUUCAUCUAUUUCUCCAUAUUUUCCCGUUUGUUAUUCUUGUUAUCUCUACAUCUAGUGUUUAUCAAGUUUGUUAUCCUCCCUCUCCCUCUCCCUACCCUCUCCCUUUCCCUCUUCCUCUCCCUCUCCUUUCCCCAUUCGAGACUUUCAUUUACCGUUAAAAAAGAAACAAGGGUAUUCGCAUUUAAGAUUAUGAUAAGUAUAAACUCGAGGAGGUUGUUUUCUUCUUUCUUUGGCGGAGGAUAAGGACGUUAGUUACUCACCUUUACCUGUUGUUACUCUGAUUAAUUAGUACUGUAGAAGUUUCCAAUAUCAUCCUUACUUAAGCUGAGUGUUGUUGAGUCAUUAUUAUUAUUAUUAUCAUUAUUAUUACUAGAUUUUAAGUGUUAUUCUGAUUACGUUCUAAGUUGACAGUGAUUCCGGUGAGAGAGAGAGAGAGAGAGAGAGAGAGAGAGAGAGAGAGAGAGAGAGAGAGAGAGAGAGUUUUCUAAGUUUUUUCCACCAGUAGAGUUAUUAUCAAGUAUCACCUUCGCUUUCCUUGUUUCUUCAUUUGUUUGUGUGUUGAUAUUGUUUGAUCACUCAGUUCCAGCGCUUUCAUUCAUUGGUUAAGUGACGUUUCAUAGGACAGACGCAACAGCCAAUCACGUGCAGCAGAGUCAUUGCACUUCAACCAAUCAGAAAAUAAGCUCAGAGUUUAUAAAAAAAGAUGCAGCAAUAUUCGAGUGAAGUACGAUACACCUGCCCUCCCUCUCUUCCCUCUCCUUAACCCCACAGAAAAUAGAUUAAAAGAAACCAAAGAACAAUUGACAAUAAGGUACAACAAUAUGCAAUUAAGGUACAAUACUCUGAUACCUUCUUUAUCUUGCCUCAUUUUGAUAUUUCCCUGGAAUAGUAAGAAAAUAAAACUAAUAAAGACGAAAAGGAUAAAAGCAAAGUGAUUGAUGGUUUACAAUGCAAUAAUAACUUAAUGUACCUAUUUCGUACGAUUUAUUUAAACAUGUACCAUUAAAAAUUCAAUACGGAAAUGAAACUGAUAAUAUAGACAAGAAGAAAACGUAUAUUAGACACCUUUACCACCUUUACCGCCACCCUCCCCUACCCAGACUUACUAACAUGUCAAAAGCCCCUUCCUCCCCUUCCCUCUCCCAUUCCUCCCAUUCUCCCUCUAUGAGACUAAUGAUUCACCCAACCGUGUCUUAAAAUCACAGGUAAUUCGUUAUAUUAAGGUGAAAAGUCAAGAAUCUGCGUAUUUUUUUUUUUUUUUUUUACUUUCAUUUCAAGAUUUGCAAUUCCUAGUUGUUUUGUAUGAUUAUGUAUCCUGAGUGUUAUUAUGUAUACCUGAUGGAAUACACCUCACCUGGCUGUGUAUCAAUACCUGUGCUUAAUUAGGAGAGAUAAUUAAACACUUCACAGGUAAAUGGAACACGUCAGGUUGUUAUUGUUGUUAUUACUAUUAUGUUACAGAAUGUUAUUAGUAUUACUGUCAGUUUGGAUUUUAGUUAGCCAGAGAUCAUACAGGAUUUACCAGAUGUCUGUAUUAUCACUAUUUGUCAUAUUAUUAGUAUUAUUGUCAUACUCGUGAUACAGAAAUAUUUGCAGAUUAUAGUUGUUACAAGAUUAUUAUUCUAUUCUCAUUAGUAUUAAAUCGUCAGUUAUAUUAUUGUUUAUUAGGAGACAGUUCUACAAGUGAUUAGUCCUUGUCAAAGCCCUUACUACUACUACUUACUGUCAUUAGUAUUAUUAUCGAUUAUACUCAUUUCUAGUCAAGGAAAAAAUUAUUGUACAAACUGCACCGGGUCUCCUCAACUCUCGCUGCCUGGCGGUGAAGGGGCUGCUGUGAUGAACCUUGCCUCAUCUCAUUAAUUAAUCCUGAGGGAAUACACCUCGCUCGCUUUUACGUAACCUCAGCCUUACCUGAUGAAAAGUUGUUGAGCAUUUUUAUAUACCUUACCUAACAUAACAUAAGAAAUUUACCAUGUAAAACUUAGCAUAGCUAAACUUACCCCAAAUUACUUUUUACAACCAGUAGUGAAAGUUACUCGUAUUCUUUGAAAUUGUACGUGAUUAUAAUAAUAUUUUUACCAAAGGUACUGCAUUUUUAUGGAGAAAAGACAAAGACACCGAAGAAGAAUCAACAAAUCAUUUAUGUGGCCUUUGACCAAAUAAUACAAGGUAGUAAGUCACCAGUAAACGAGACUUGGUUUAGCUCCCCCUUCAUCUGUGGGUUAGCGGGUGUCCGAGGCAACCCACAGCACUUCAUCAGCACUAAAUAGAACAACGGUGGUGGCUCAUCACAUCACACACACUCCACUCGUACAGGUUUCUGUAAUCCACACUUUGGCAGCCACCGGGCGAGGCGAGCUGACAGACUGACACUAACCCGCCCUGGUGAAGAAAUAACGGAGGUUUAUAUAUUUUUUUUCUUUCUUCUUUUUGUCAUUACGACCCCACAACCACCUCACCAUAGUCGCUCUGCCUACAUGUACUCACACCUGUUUGUAUGUAGUAGGGCUCUAAUUAGUCACCCGAGUUUACCUACAUGUUGGGGUCUACUCUGCUAAUUGGAGUUUACCUGUUCCCGCUAGUCCAUUUUACCUGUCCGUAGGGUAACUCUGAUAAGUGAUGGAGUUCACUUACUUGUGUAGUUUACUCUGCUAAUUAGAGUUUACCUGUUCCCGCUAGUCCAUUUUACCUGUCUAGGGUGACUCUAAUAAGUGACGGAGUUUACCUACCUGUGUAGUCUACUCUGCUAAUUGGAGUGUACCUGUUGUGAAUUUGAUUAGUGCUUGAGUUCACCUAUCGUGGGUUGACUCAUUUUAGGCGUCCCGUCACUUCCUUCUUACCUGUUAUAGACUGACUAGCGAAUCUUCACUAAGUCCUUAGAGCAUCAACCUGCCUUGGCUUCGGCUCAUUACAGCUUCAAAUCCGCCAUUAAUACCUUAUCUAUCACACGUUUUACCCUCGCUCUAGUUUUUACCCGUAGAGCCUUUCACUGUACAUUGAAUAAACCCGGCUAAGAUUUUUAACAUAGAGCUUUGACCCUCUUAUGAUAGCCUUUCUUGAUCUCCAGUUUUUUAAUCCCUCGUACAAGCUUUACUCCCUCUCGUAUUUACCCGUCGAGGCUUCGUCCCCCGGAAGGAAGGAAGCGAAAGUGUGGAAAAAAGUCGAGAUUUCAGAGUAGGGUGACCUGGACUGACAACGAGUGAUCUUUUUCUGUGAGUGAAAGAGAGUAUUCUAUUACGUUGUUAAUGAGAAUACAGAAGGUUUAGUUUUAGUCCUUUUUAUUCCCGAGAUGCCGCGAGAUUUUCAAGGGUAGUAUGUGAGACGUUACUGAUGCUCUGAGUUGCGAAGUAUUUUAAUAUUACUUUGGGAGUGAGAGUACAGAAAGAUAGAAAACCGUUUGCUUUUACUCUUUUUCCCGAGACACCGCGAGUAUUUCAAAGGUGGUAUAUGAGAGAUGACUGAUCCUCGUGGUCUGAGCUGCAAAAUGAGCUAUACUUUACAAAUAUUUCGUUGGGAAGUGAAGAAAGACAUUUUUCAUAUUUUUUUUCCUGAACACUGCGAGUAAUUACUGAUGUUCGUGGUCUGAAUUACAAAGCUUUAUUCUGUACAAUCCUACGUAUUACCAAUAGUCUUCAGGGCUGUAUAUUGAAAGAUCACUGGUGUUCGUGCUCUUUGCAUAAACUAUACUAAAAAGCAUAUUAGACCACAAAGUAAUCAGUUGUAUAUGCAGCUUCAUUUAUUCGUAUUAGACCACACAGUUAUCAGUUAUCUCUUGUCAUUCAACUUGCUACCUUCUCAUUUCGCUUCGCCUUACAGUCUCCAGCAAGGUAUCCCUCAUCCUUUCGCUUCCCCGAUUCCUUGUUUACGUUACGCAAUUGAAAAGAAAAAAUGAAAACGUUACGAAUUAUACAUCAAAUUAUUGCUUCGCCGAUGUACACCUGUUUCUUGAUUGAUUGAUAUGUACCUGCCGUGUUUCACCUGUCCUUAAUUGCUUCCAGGUGCGAGGAAGGUUAUUUUUCUCCCCUGUAUGUGACUCCGUUGCCUUUGUACAUCCUUUUAACGGUAUCCAGCGAAACAUUUGAGUGGCGGCGUUGCAGUGAAGUCUCGAAGCGUCUGAGUGAACCCGUGAACCUGAACCGGCGAAUCAGGAGCGCUAAAGAAAAUUGACGGAAAUCUAAAAACAAAAACACGUACAUUAUGGAUUUUGGGUUGGAAUUCAUACCAAAGAACAAAAAGAUUAGAAAUAUGUACAGGGAGGCGAGGGAGAUAAAAGUUCAUCUUGUGGUUUUUAUGAGCAGUUUUGAUGACUGUUCACUACACUCAACGAGGCUUCACUGCUUCACUGCUUCACUCGAACCACCGACGCUUAUACCGUUUUCCGCGAGCUUGGAGACGGUGCGUGCGUGUGUGCGAGCUCUGGCUACCUGUUCGUUAUGCCGCCACCGCCGCCGCCGCCUCCUACUUGUUAUGUUGCUCUUCUUUGCUGUGAGCUUAAGUAACACGUGACUUAUAGGCAGACUAGUUUUUUGCAGGUAUUUCGCGUAAUAAUAAAAAAAAAGGUUCUAUUUUUGUGACUUUCCAGCUGAUCAUAUAAAGUCUAGUUUGAUGAAAGCCAUCACGGUCUUGUCGCCUUUUGUACCACAUGAUAUUUUGUCAAGAUGCGUUGUUAUUUUGUGAUAUACGUGUGUAAUAUAUGAAGAAGACAACAAAAAAAACAAGAUGUUCAGGAAGAUUUACUGCUAUACCACUCACGUUUAAGCCUCUGUCCAUUGUAUGUAUGUAUGUAUGUAUGUAUGUAUGUUCAUUUAUUUUAUAGGUUUUAUUGGAAAAGACUUGUUGUAUGCAUGCACCACCACACGCACCACCACACUGACGCCACACGCCACACCACACAUCCUCGUGUCAUUCAGGUCAUCGCCAUUCCCACCCCCACCCAUCUUUCCCCUCCCCCACCUGUCCCAGUAACGUAAGUCAAUUGGAGCCUUACUUCACCCCCUUCCUGCCCCCCGUGGCCUGCAGGGUGCACGGGGGGUGGCCUCUCACUUCGCCGCCUCAUGUUACUUUUUUACCUGAUUCAUGCGUCACAUCUCAUUCGUUAAGGAAAAAAGUUGAAAAAAAUAUAUAAAGGAGAGCGAUCUUGUAAUAAUGGUGAGUGCAUCCCUUCCUCUCCCUCCCUCCCUCCCUCCCUUCCUCACUCCCUCACUGCUGCUACCUGUGCGUGGCCGUGAAAUGUUACGGCCCCGCCGCGCCCCGCUCUAGCCCUGUCUUACACCCAGCCUAGCCCCGCCCCGCCCUACCCGCCCGCCCCGCUCACCCGCCGCGCAAGCUGUCCCCAUCAAGGAGGCCGCACACGUCUCGUACACCCAUCGUGCCUUUUUAGUUCUCUAACACGACCAGAAGACAACGCUGAAUCACAGGGAAGCAACUCGACACGCCGCUGCCGCCGCCGCGCCGCGCCACGCCACGCGAUUCAAAGCCGAUAUAUUAUUACAGCGCGGGACGGCGGGUGCCUUGACGCGACGCACUGCACUUCUCGGCAGGAGUCACGCCCGCAGGUUGCCGCCGCGUCGAGCCGUCAGUCCAGGACAGGCGUGCGGUCUUCGGGAGGUGCCGCUGCCGCACCCCAGUACCGCCGCCGCCCUCAUCGCGCACCCAAGGUCCACGGGUCACCGCCGGUCAGCGCAGGUCACGCCGGCCAGGGAACGAGCACCAUCCGCUGCGAUGGCCGCCACAUACUUUGGCCGGGUCCCUCUGCACGGAUCGCGUCCCGCCGUGCCGCCGCGCCCUCCCAGUGCGGGAGGCUUUUCAGUUUGGACUGUUCUAGACAUUGUUUUGUGCCUUGUCCCACGUGUAUCUCAUAAAGCUGCUCGCCACGGAGAAUAAAACUAACAAUAAACGCCCCGAUGUAUGUUCUUGAUGAGGCUCGCGCAAGAUUGCUUUAAGAAACCCGCGGAGCUUUGGCGGAAGGAAACUUUCAACACCGCGAGGAAAAGUGGGGGAGAUGGAACUAUUUCGUCCUUGAUACUCUUCAUUGCGUCACCGGCUCGCGGGCACACCCACGAGGCCUAUUCUCCUCGACACGCCGCGUCCUCCCCGAUGGCUCCAUCACAUCCUCGCCCGCCGCCCGCCGCCCGCCGCCACCUGACGCUGCAUGUGUGUUGUCUUCAUACCACUAAUCUUGUUUGGUGGUGGUUCCUUUCUCUCUCUCUCUCUCUCUCUCUCUCUCUCUCUCUCUCUCUCUCUCUCUCUCUCUCUCUCUCAUCUAGGAGAUCGUAAUCUUAGCCCAAACACACCCCACCACGUACUUGCCAGGAACAAGCGACGCAAUCACCCUUGUGAUUGCCGCCCGCCCGCCCGCCCGCCCGCCCGCCCGCCCGCCCAGCCCGCCCCGCCCAGCCCCGCCCUACCCCACCCGGCCCUACCCCGCCCCGCGCCGCGCCGGCAGCACAGGACCCGCACCGUAGUGACGCACGCACGCUUGCACACACCUUCCCGUGAAUGCCUAUCCCCGCAGCUCCUUUGCCGCUAUCCUAGGGGGCGGCAAAGACUGUGAGGGAGAGGGCGUCCUGCAGUGUGUGGUGGCCGAGGGGGCGGCGGAGUGGCCUGCCAGCUUGUCCCGCCAGACCUGCCGCCAGCAGCUUGCAACAGCGCCCCGCGAGGCCAGGCCGCUACCGCUUCUAGGCAGCAGAGACGCAUAGUGCAACACGACCCGCUAGUGAGCUGGUAGUGGUGAAGGCAGUGUGAGCGUGGCCCGGAUUGGUCUGCAGAGUGAAGUGAGCGUGGACUUGCGACACGACGCAAGAAAAUUUCAAGAGUGGCACACAGAAGCAGAGACUGUGAGAACAUUUCUAUGUGUUGAAAAGAAAAUACUAUUAAUGAAAUAAACUCAGAGAUGCAAGACUGUGCUGGCUUUAGCAUUCACACAUGAUAUUGCAAGGAAAAUGCAUGGAGAUUUUUCAGCCGUCGCAGUAGCUUUUAAUGCCCAAUACUACUCCAUUCUGUGAUCACAAUAUAACUUUUCCACUGGACGCCAAUCCCUCCUCACGUUUGUUAAUGUACAGGAAGAAAAGUUUAUCGAUAUAGAACCCUUCGGGAGGUCCCCACGAGGCGCUCCCCGACACCUCUCAUCACGUAUGCAGGUUUGCGCUUGUGUAUUCUGUAUGUUCUCUUUAUGUUCAGGUCUGUGGGCCCCGAGCGACUCCACCACCAACCAGCUGGUGUUUGCCGCCAACGCCAGUACCCGCGCGUCACUCGUCUCGCCCAAACAUUCCUUUCUCAUGAAUGCUCACAAAAUUUUCACCGCGUAUUCAGGGCGGUGUGUUGAAGACAAACGUCUGCCGUACGCACACGCCACAUGCCUGUACCCUCAGCACACCAAACCCAACACACCCAAGUCUGCUGCUUGUGUCCCGCGCAGCAACACCACCUCCCACUUGGACCUCUGUAGGGACACAGGACACCACACUGCAACACACACACACACACACACACACACAUGUCCCGGAGACACGGCAGCUGCUCGCCGCCUGGGUUCCACUGGUGCGCACAUACGUACGUACACACACAUCCCACUCUUCCUUUCCCUUAGAGACUAUCAUAGUGAGUGUCGGGAAGGACUCGCCCGGAGCGCACAGGCCCCGUUCCCCCUCGCUAUGUUCGAUUAGCGAGCUUCGGUCCUACCGGUAACAAGGUGUGCAGAGAGGAGCGUCUGCCUUCCAGCCCGUCCCUUCGCGGCGAGGGGCAGGUGGGGGAGCUGCGGCCUUACACUUGCCUCCCGCAACUGGAGAAAAGGGACACUGAGAAAUAAUGCAUAACGGAAAUAAAGAAUGAGAGUCACGGUCCGGGCUGCGGCCCCUCGAGAGUGCCGAGCUAACGUCUGUCACCGCGCUGGGGUGGAUCACGCCGAGUGUCUAGAGCGUCAGCAGACAGAGGCAGUGCCCGGCGCCGCCCCGCAGGACGAGGCCGUCAGGAAGCACGAUUAGAAAGCGCCAAGCCGCCGCGCGUGUCUGUCUGUCUGUCUGUCUGUCCAGCAGGAACUUAGGUGCAGAACGCGAGUGUAAGCCUUGAGAUCCAAUACUGGAUAUUAAACGUAACAGCGAGUUAAGUGAAUGUUGAGAAAAUGAACCUGGCGAGAGUCAUGUUGAGGCAUCAUGCACGUCAGCGCCCACGGCCCCCUGCCCCCCUGAUUCCCUCGCACACCACCGUUGGCGAGCGUCGCUGACGGCUGCUGGAAGGCAGUCUGUGUAUACUUGAGAGGAAGAAAGUUGCCAUUAUCUUUUAGGGAUGAAAACGUUAUCACACAACACGCCUCACUAGUCCUUACGUUAGCCCACCUCUUGUUAUUUUAGGCAUCGCCCCGCGCCAGGCACGUCACGACUGCACGUGUGGGCAGCACCACCUAGUGUUACCACUGCUCCACACACACACACACACACACACACACACACACACACACACACACACACACACACACACACACACACACACACACACACACACACACACACACACACACACACAC